AUGUCAGGCCUUCCUUCUUCCCUUCCGCUGAUUCCUUUGGUGGCCAACAGGCACGAAGCUCCCAUGGCCCCAAGGGCGCCACAGCGGGUUGCGGCACAGAAGAAGAGAGUUGUUACGUGCCGGAAAGUGAGGCAAACUGGAGAAUGGAACAAACUUUUGAAAGAAAUCUAUUCUGCUCUCCAUCACAGUCAAUCAUCAGCCGAGGAGGAGAACCUUACUCUGCGCAAAUACUGUCUCUCCAGUGAUAGUGAAGUUGGAGGACUGUCCGAGUACAAAAGGAUUGCCGCAGUAUGGAAAGAGCUCAAAUUGGAUGAAUUUCUCAUGGGCAGCACAGACCCCACGGAUGCAAUGAUACUUGCAACAAUCAACUCACGCUUCCCACUGACAGAGGAAGGAGAGAAUGCUACUAGUGACAAGGCCGGUCGGUCAAGAAAUGACAAGAACAAGAUGAGAUCAAGCAGCGAAUGGAAGGAGCUGCUUUCGGAUCUCUAUCUUUUCCUCUCGAGUGCCAAGGCAGCAAAUGGCAAAGAGUCAAUCCGAUCUUACUGUCGGAAGGUGCUGAAAUCAGAAAAGCAGCACCAAAGAAUCUCGGACGUUUGGAAGGAGCUUGGAUUUGACGGCGCUCUUAUUAACAACGUUUCGCCAGGAGAUGAUCAGUUGAAGGCAAAGAAGCUGGAUGCGAAAUACCCGACCGACACAACCACAGAGCAACAGCAAGGAAGUCUCCGGCGAGACCUCCGUCCGAGAUCCAAUUCCUAUUUUGAUGUCAACGAGGAAGCCAUUAUAUGUGAGGCAGUUGCUGGUUUUGCCCGUGCAGGGUAUCCCUUGGAAAAGGCAGAUCUGAAAAAAAUGGCGGACGCAUUCCUCCAAGCAGAGCAACUUGGAGAGGGCCAGAAUAGCUCUGACGGUAUUAGUUACGACACUGUUGAGAGGCUCUACAAGCAAGGUGGCUUAAAGACGAAAACGAAUGUCAACCCAAUCGACCCAAAGAGGGCAGCUCAGGCCGAACCACAAAUAUUGAACGCCAUGUACCAUCAGCUGGACGCGAUGAUAAAGAUGGCUCAUGAAGUUGAUCCUAUCACUUGGCCCGAAGACAGAUACGCAAAUAUACCACCCAGUCGCAUUUACAACACAGAUGAGCAAGGUCCCAACCCAACCGCGCUUCGGAAUCCGGUUCUAAUUCCACGAGAGAUGCUACAAAGGGGUAGACUAUUCCAGAACACGAGAGAGGGUGAUGGGAAAAUGCACUUCCACUACAGCGUGGCCAAUAUCGUUCGAGCUGAUGGAGCACAGCAUCAUCCAGACCAACACGUUGAAGGAGCACCAGCCCCAUAUAUCCUUCUAUCCGACGCAGGAAGUGCUCACGAACUGGAUAAGAUGUCGAAAGCUGAUCGCGACAAAGCGUUGUCGAAUCAAACCGAAGACGAUGCAAUUGAAUUCAACCCAACCGUGCUUGAUGCAUGCUAA